CAAGACUAGUAGAAGUAAUUAUAGCUUAAUUCGCUCUCCCUCAUCACACAUUCAAACAGCUGCAGACACCAUGUCCAACGCCAAUAAUGUCGACUUGCAGGCGCCGGCCGAUCCCUACGAGUGGUUGGCCUCCGACGAGACGAAGAGGCCGACGACCUACAGCCUCAACAUCCGCAUCCUCACCACCGCCGUCCUCUCCCUCGCCUUCGUCCUCGCCUUCCUCCUCUUCCUCCACCUCUACAUCCGCUACGUCCUCCGCCGCACCCACCGCAGCCACCAUCGCCAAUCCACCACCGCCAUCGCUACCACCACUACAGCCGACACUACCACCCUUCGCAUCGGUUUCGCCGCCGCCGCAGCCAAUAAUAAUAAUAAUAACAACAACGAGCCCGCGAAACGGCCGGGCCUCGAUCCGUCCGCCAUCGCGGCGCUGCCGUCCUUCUCGUACGCGAAGAGGGAGGCCGUCGACUGCGCCGUGUGUCUGAGCGCCGUCGAGGCGGGGGAGACCGUGCGGCGGCUGCCAGGCUGCGGGCACGUGUUCCACGUGAGAUGCGUCGACGCGUGGCUCGAGACCAAUUCGUCGUGCCCGGUCUGCCGGGCGGGGGUGGAACCACCGCCACCGGUGUCGGUGUCGGCGGAUGUAGCAGUGGCAGGCGACGCUGCGGUCGGGGGGAAGGAGGAGGCGGUCGGGUCGGUGUCGGCGCGGCUGAGCACGUCGUUGCGGCGGAUGCUGAGUAGGGAGAGAUCGGGGAGGGGAGCUGCAGUUGCUGCUGCAGGAGAAAUUGCAGUGGAGGAUUUGGAGAGGCAGCAGUAGUAAUUAAAGAUUAAU